AUGGCGCCCGGAGUGGAUCUGAGGGGGCAGCUGGUGACGUUCACGUACACGCAGCUCGCUGACGGAAAGAUCCGGGCCGUCCAGAUGGAGCUGCAGCAGCCCUCGUUGCUGGGCGCCCUUGGCAACCUGGGCGGCCCUGGGGGCUUCGGCGGCCUGACGCCGGCUAGCUACCAGACUCUGGUGGCGAGAAUCGCCGGGAUCGUGGGCAAGGGCGGCAAGGGCGCCGGUGCCCCGCACAGGCCUCCCUGGCCGGGCGCCGGCUUCGGCAAGGGCAAGGCGAAGGCACCCGCUGCCGCGCCGUCCGCCCCCAGCGAGGGGAGCAGGACCGGGCAGGUGAAGUCGUUCAGCGAGAGGAACGGCUACGGCUUCAUCACCUGCGCCGACAUGGCCGGGGACGUCAAGUUUGGGCAGAGCGACCUCGCGCAGGGGCCCGUGGAGGCCGGCGCCGUGGUCGACUUUGUGCCGGUCUGGCUGCCGGACGGGCGGGUGCAGGCCAAGCAGGUGCAGCGCUCGCAGGGCGGGUGUGGUGGGCAGCAGGGGAAGGCCGCCCCAGCCGCCGCAGCGUUUCCUGCUGCCGGGCCAGCCGUCCUCGCCGAGGGGAGCAUGACUGGGCAGGUGAAGUCCUUCAGCGAGAGGAACGGCUACGGCUUCAUCACCUGCGCCGACCUGGACGGGGACGUCAAGUUCGGCCGCAGCGACCUCGCGCAGGGGCCCGUGGAGGCUGGCGCCGUGGUCCAAUUCGUGCCGGCGAUGCUGCCAGAUGGGCGCGUGCAGGCCAAGCAGGUGCAGCGCUCGCAGAGCGGCUUCGGCGCGCAGAAGCGGGCGGGCCCGCCAGGCCAGGAGGGCUUCGCGGGGCUGGCGGCCGGGCCGCCCGAGAAGCGGCCGCGGCCAGCGGGGCCGCCGCCGGGGUGGGUGCCCGCCGGAGAAGCGUCCGGCACGGUCAAGUCGUUCCACCACGGCAAGGGCCUUGGCUUCAUCACCUGCGCCGAGACCGACGGCGACGUGGCGUUCUUCGCCAGGGACCUGGACCCGCAGCUCCUGCCGCAGGUGGAGGCCGGCGUCGAGGUCGCCUUCGAGAUCAUGCAGCUGCCGGACGGGAAACUGCGGGCGCAGGUGGAAAGAGGCCCGGCAGUGUAG